UCCACCCCGCGGUCCCCUCUGCCGCUGCACCGCUCCGCCCCGCCCGCCUGCUACUGCUACUGCUACCUGCACCCGCACCCACACCCAUCCCUCCUCCUCCACUUGACCCGGUGCCGGUGGUACCACCUCCUCCCAAGGCAGCAGCGGAUACAUACGAAGCGGGAGCUAUAGCCCGCGCGCGCAGGCCUGUUCGGCCAUGGCGUACCAGUACCACCACCACCAGGACCACGCGCUGGGGAUGGACGCGGCGGCGGCGGCGGCGGCGGGGGGGAACCCUGGCGGCGGCGGCUUCGCGCCGGGCUUAAGCGCGGGCGGCGCGUGGGAGGGGGAGAAGGCGGCCGUCGAGGCGCACCCGCUGUACGAGCGGCUGCUGGAGGCGCACGUCGCCUGCCUCCGCGUCGCCACCCCCGUCGACCAGCUCCCCCGCAUCGACGCGCAGAUCGCCGCGCGCGCCCCGCCUCCCAUGCCCCCCGCCGGCGCGCUCUCCGGCGGCGAGGAGCUCGACCUCUUCAUGACACACUACGUGCUCCUCCUCUGUUCCUUCAAGGAACAGCUCCAGCAGCAUGUGCGCGUCCACGCCAUGGAAGCGGUGAUGGCUUGCUGGGAGCUCGAGCAGACUUUACAGAGUCUUACAGGGGCAUCUCCUGGCGAAGGCACCGGGGCAACUAUGUCUGAUGAUGAAGACAACCCGGUCGACAGCGAGAGCAACAUGUUCGACGGAAACGACGUGUCCGAUGGCAUGGGCUUCGGGAUGCUAACCGAGGGUGAGAGAUCCUUGGUCGAGCGCGUCAGGCAAGAGCUGAAGCACGAGCUUAAACAGGGGUACAGAGAAAAGCUUGUGGACAUCAGGGAAGAGAUACUCCGGAAGCGAAGGGCCGGGAAGCUCCCGGGAGACACGGCGUCCACCCUGAAGGCUUGGUGGCAAGCCCACGCGAAAUGGCCGUACCCAACUGAGGAGGACAAGGCGCGGCUGGUGCAGGAGACGGGGCUACAGCUGAAGCAGAUCAACAACUGGUUCAUCAACCAGCGCAAGCGGAACUGGCACAGCAACCCGACCUCGUCCUCGUCGGACAAGAGCAAGAGAAAAAGGAACAAUGCAGGUGACGGCAACGCGGAGCAGUCCUGGUAGGGCGGCCGGAGACGAAGAACGAUCGAACCCGUUGUAUGUACAUAGCGCUUCCAUCUUGGAGAAGGCUUGAUAUAUUUAUUGGUCCGGGGAGACACGACACGACGCGACGGCGGUCAUUUGCGCCGGAGUCGUCUCCCAGACCUCAACACCGUCUGUACUGUACCCCAAAAAGAAAAAAGAAAAAACAUGUAGUGGUAAUGUACCCGUAGCUGUUUUUGUGGCGUGCUGCGUGUUGGGAGGACGCGGCGUCGUGAGUUUGUAUACGGGCUGUUCCGUAACGUGUGUCGUGGAUUUGUGUGUUGUGUUGCGUUACCGUGGGAACGCUGGCAAGGGCUGCGUGGGUGAUGUAUGUUUGUGUACCUGUAUUUGUAUUACUGACCUUGAUUGAUGCGUCGUCGGUGCUGUGCUGUUUGUCCGUUUCA